GAGGUUCAGACAGUAGGAAGGUGGAGGCAGGGGGAAGAGGGAGUGUCCUCAGUAGUUUUCUCACUGAGGCACAGCAGACACAGCUCAACACGACAAGAAACUGAAACACAGUCUGACUUGCAAAGCAAGCCUAACCAGGAGCUCUCUCCAGCUUAUUUCCUGUACUUGGAGGCCAUCUUAAGUUGACAGACUUACUGCUAUAGGCGUUUGUUUGCUUAUCUCAUUUGUUAUAGUUUCUUUUUUGUCUCCAGUGUGUCUCCUUGAAGUUUGGACGUUUUCCUCUUCAAAGCUGCUUUGGAGUAGUGGGGGAACAGGAAGCAGCAAGAGGAGGAGGAGGAGGAGAGGACAUUUAGUUUCAAAGCUAAACUUUAUCUGUAUUUCUCACCUGCUCCUUCUCUGGAAUGAAAGCUGUAUAGAGGAGCUUUCUGUGAAAGGGAGGGCGAGAAGAAAGAAGAGCCACUUCCUGGAAAGGGAUCAGUUGUUUUUAAGCUCUAGUAGACACGGGACACACAGCAAAGACGGCCACUGUUGAUGAGUGAGUGUCUGCUGGUGUGUGUAGGUGAGUUUGCUGCCUCACACUACCCAGUCUUAUCUCUUGACUGUCUUUGACUCUUCGGCAUGGCCAACGUCAGUCCCUUCAUGUCUCCGGGACCCAUGUCCCAGGUCUUCUUCCCCCCUGGGGGUCCAUCUCCACCUGGGUCAGUGGUGAUGCAGCAGGGGACACCGGUUUCUGUCCAUAACUCUCAAACCCCAGGGUUUCCUACAGUGGACAUGGGGGUUGCCCCGGGUCCCGGCGGGGCAUCUGGAAUAACUUCUGGGCCUCCGGCACCAGCCGGUGUCUCCUUCAUGAUACAGAUUGGGCUUACUAGAGAAUCUGUGCUUCUACCCCAGACUGCAGACCUGGCCUACAUCAAACAAAUUUCUUGCUCAAUUGUGGACCAGAAGUUUCCUGAAUGUGGCUUUUAUGGGAUCUAUGACAAGAUCAUCCUCUUUAAGCAUGACACCAGCAGCAGUAACAUCCUGCAGCUGGUCAAGGCUGUGUCGGACAUCCAGGAGGGGGACCUGGUGGAAGUUGUUUUGUCCGCUGCUGCUACAUCCGAGGACUUCCAGAUUCGUCCUCACGCGUUAAACGUGCACUCGUAUCGUGCACCGGCAUUCUGCGAUCACUGCGGCGAGAUGCUUUUCGGCCUGGUGCGUCAAGGACUCAAAUGCGAUGGUUGUGGACUGAAUUACCACAAGCGCUGUGCUUUUAGCAUUCCCAAUAACUGCAGUGGUGCGAGGAAGCGGCGGCUGUCCACCACGUCCCUCACCAGCAGUCAGUCUCUGCGUCUGUCCACCGCAGAGUCCCUCAGUAGUCUCAACAGCAGCGUGACGUCUGAAGAAGCCAGUCUUAUCCGAUCGCAUACUCAGAUGCCCCGCACCCCCAGUGAGGCCAGGCGCUUUUACACCGGGCGGCCCGUCCACCUGGACAAGAUCCUCAUGACUAAAGUGAAGGUCCCGCACACAUUCGCCGUUCACUCGUACACGCGUCCCACCGUGUGUCAGUACUGCAAGAGACUGCUGAGAGGACUCUUCCGCCAGGGACUCCAGUGCAAAGACUGCAAGUUCAACUGCCACAAGCGAUGUGCAUACAAGGUCCCAAAUGACUGCUUAGGGGAGACUCUCGACAUAUUAAGUCCAAGCACAGACAUGGAGGUGCCGAUGGACUACAGUAAUGAGUAUUCUGACACUGAUAAGUCAUCUCUGAUGGACGACUCAGAUGAGGCCUGCAGUAUCCCCGGGUCUUUCUCCCCAGACAGCAACCAGCAUGGAGCCACUGGAGACCAGAGUGCUAAUAUUCCUCUGAUGAGAGUAGUGCAGUCGAUCAGGCAGACCACACGUCGCUCUAGCACAGCCAUCAAGGAAGGCUGGAUGGUGCACUACAGCAACAAGGACACACUGAGGAAGAAACACUACUGGCGCCUGGACUGCAAAUGCAUCAUCCUAUUUCAAAACGACACCACCAACAAAUACUACAAGGAGAUCCCGCUCUCAGAAAUCCUUGAGGUCCGCCCGGCAGGUGAUUUCUCUCUUGUCCCUCCUGGCACAAGCCCCCACUGCUUUGAGAUCAUGACGGGUACGAUGAUCUACUUUGUUGGUGAAGACCCCAACACCACCCCGUCCCUGUCAUCUAGUGUGUCUGGUCUGCCCAUCUCCAUCAGCCCCAGCAGUGUUGCGCCCAAUAGUGGGGUGGGACGAGAGUUUGCCAAAGGAUGGGAGACUGCUAUACGUCAAGCCCUCAUGCCAGUCAUCUUCCAAGACAACCCUCCAGCAGAAGGUCAUACUCCUCACCGCCAGGCAUCAGUCAACAUCUCAGUGUCUAACAGUCAGAUUCAGGAGAACGUGGACAUUGGAAUGGUGUAUCAAAUCUUUGCUGAUGAGGUUCUGGGCUCUGGACAGUUUGGUGUGGUAUAUGGAGGAAAACACAGGAAAAGUGGCCGGGAUGUAGCCGUGAAGGUGAUCGACAAGCUCCGGUUCCCCACCAAGCAGGAGAGCCAGCUGAGGAAUGAAGUAGCCAUAUUGCAGAGCCUGCGACACUUGGGUAUAGUGAAUCUCGAAUGCAUGUUUGAGACGCCAGAGAAGGUGUUUGUGGUGAUGGAAAAACUUCAUGGUGACAUGCUCGAGAUGAUCUUGUCGAGUGAGAAAGGACGACUUCCUGAGAGACUCACCAAGUUCCUCAUCACGCAGAUUUUGGCUGCUCUGAGGCACCUUCACUUCAAAAACAUAGUGCACUGUGACCUCAAGCCUGAGAAUGUGCUGUUAGCAUCAGCGGAUCCUUUCCCACAGGUGAAACUUUGUGACUUUGGUUUUGCUCGCAUCAUCGGAGAGAAGUCUUUCCGCCGUUCGGUCGUUGGUACGCCGGCUUAUUUGGCCCCCGAGGUCCUGCUGAACCAGGGUUACAAUCGCUCUCUGGAUAUGUGGUCUGUAGGUGUGAUCAUGUAUGUCAGUCUGAGUGGAACUUUCCCCUUCAACGAGGAUGAAGACAUCAAUGAUCAGAUCCACAAUGCCGCCUUCAUGUACCCACCAAACCCAUGGAAACAGAUCUCUCCUGAAGCUAUCGACCUCAUCAAUAACCUGCUGCAAGUGAAGAUGAGAAAACGCUACAGUGUAGACAAGAGUCUCAGCCAUACCUAUCUACAGGAUUACCAGGCCUGGUUGGACCUCCGAGAGUUGGAGUCAAAGCUCGGGGAGCGUUACAUAACCCACGAGAGCGAUGACAGCCGCUGGCAGCAGUACGCCCGUGACCACACGCUGCCCUACCCUGCUCACCUGGUGCCCCCGCCACCUGCGUCCGACGACGAUGAGCUGGAGGGUGCAGAGGACGCGGACAUGCAGGGGCUGACAGAGCGUGUUAGCAUUCUUUGAAAAAGGAACUGAGGCCGAGAACAAGAGGAAUGAAGAGUACCUGCCCAACUCUAGCGAUUUUUAGUGCACCACGAGCGUAGAAUGGAGGUUGUCCUCUGUAAAAAAAUAAAAAACAAUGUAGCUUCAGUUGUCUUUGGCAGUCCGUCUGAACUCUGACCUCCUUCAGCCAGGACUGCUGCAGAUUUGUUUCUGGGAUGCAGAUAUUUAGUUUGGGAAGAACUAUCUUGGAUUCCAACAUAUAGACACAAAGUCAAACUGAAACAAUUUUUAUUUUUUUUCGAAAUAGGCUGGUUUUGGGUUCGUCUCCCCCAACUAUAUGUCUUUCUUAAGGUACGGUCACAUAUACCAGUAUUCUGCAUAUUUUCACAGGCGAAACCCAGUCAGUUCAAUGGAAAUACAUGCAAUAGUUAAUUUCAUGUCUGGACGAAAGAUUUCCUCAUGUAGAUUUCGCAAUUGGUUCAAGUUGGUCACACGCAAUCGCCACAUUUACCAACAGAAAGCUGCUUGGUCUGAAAGUGAAUUCUGUGUGAAAGGAGCUUCAUAAAUUGCUUAACUAUUGACAAUAGACUUUUCCCAUAUGAAAUUUUGCUAAUGUGACCGUAACUUUAGGGGACACAAAUAGAAGAGAACCUUCCAAAAGAUCUCGAGACAUGGUUUUAAAAUUUUGAAUAUUUGCAGCAUCUUAAAAACUUGCAGAAUAUUCAAAAAACAGCUUAAGAUGUGACACAAUGGUUAGAGACAUUCUUCUAAAUGUGUCUUUCCUGACGGUGGUGCUUUGAAGGUGAUGAAUAUGAUGAAUUUUAAUGGUCAAAACUGUCUAAAGGUAUGGUCACAUAUACUGGUGCUCCUUGAAAUUUUAAAUCCAAAAUCAAUUCAAUACAAAAUCAAAACAUUAGUUCAAAGGUUAAGUUGUUCCUCGAGCAGAUUGCAUUCAUGUUCAUGUGAAUUUGCCACAUUGAUCAACAGAAAGUUGAAAACGGCUUCUGUGAACGGUGCUUCAUGCAUGGACAGCAGACCAUUUUUGCCCGCAAAAUUUCACCCAAAUUUUGUGACCUAAACUGCUAAACUGCAGCAUUUGUUUAACAUGCAAAUUAAUCUCACUAAUUGACUAAUCGACCAUCAUGACCCAUCCCUAGUUUGUUUUUCACAACUGAUUGACGUCAAGCUGAUAAUCUCCAGGUCACCAGAAAUGUAUUAGUCAUGAUACAAAUGGAAAGGAAAAAAAAAAAGAGUAUCUAUUAAGCUGGACUUUUUUUCUUUGUCUGCGCUCUGUAGUGACACCACCUUUAGUUUCAGAUCCACUUUUUAUGUAUUACUGAGAACCUUUUUGCAAAAAUACCUUGGAAGAAGUCCGAGAGUCUGGUGUUUUCCAGUAUCGUCAUCGGUUUACCCUCCAUGGGGAAGACGACUUCACCUCUGAGAAUGGAUGUUUUCUUAUGAGGACUGAUAUGCAGGUUGCCCCUCGGCCUUAUCUGCAUACAAAAUGAGUGCACAAAGACUACCUAGACUGUUCUUAGAUCAGCCGCUGUUAGCAACCGGCUGAUCUUUGCUAGUACUAGCUGUACUGGAUGUGUAUUCUUAUUCCUAACUGACCCUAAACCUGAGCAUUAGGCUGCAUGUCACUGAGAAUUAGGUUUGCUUGAAACUUAUUGCUAUGAAGGACUGUUUUGUACACAUGUAACCUUAGAGAUUCUGAUGUAGUUCGUGGAAGGUAAUGUUGGAGCAUUUCCAGCAGGUAUAAUAAACAUGGUGAUGCAUAAAUCAA